AUGGCCUCAAAACCGAAUCCCCGCACGCCGUCCGAAUGGGCAAGAGCAGCGAGGUCUGAGCGUCUCGAUCCUGACUCUGUGACACCCUUUGUGAGAACUUAUAAGUCGGCCUCUGUUCUCAAGUACGCCGAGUUCCUGAACCUCAAAGUUCUCUGGGACGAAAGGGGUUUCAAAGAGUUCAAAAUAGGAGACUUUGUCCAUGAAGACAUCAAGAUUGAGGCAGGGCGAAUUGACUUUACAGUGCUCCAGCGGAACGUCAGCACGGUCAGGGACGACGAUCCACAUCCCAAAGUUCCUUUUAGAACAGGAAAUUUCCCGCCACCCAACGGUCUCUUCACGACGUUUCAAUACUUUACCUAUCUGACGGUACUUUGCAAAGGACAGACAGUCAGGGCAUCACCAAAAAUCUCACGCCCGGAACGGCAAAGAAAUCAGGUCACGUAUGACGACAGUAUACCGGACAUAAGCCUACUCAGUCUCGGCGACAGCCCAAGGACCCCAUCGAACUGGACCCCUCCCGAAAUUGACGAAGUCGACACGCCAUAUAUCGGCCAACAACCACCGCGGACCGAAUAUGAGGCCACUGUGAACAUGGGACUGAUAACGAUGCUGUGUGCUGUCCGGCUCCAUUGCCCAUCGCUCGCAGAAGGGCACUGGCUGCCGGACCCCAAGCCGUUUUAUCUCCACGACCCUACUGCAGAUGGCUCUCCUGUGCUGUUCCAGGCCCGCGUUGACGGAUUUCUUUCAAAAACGGGCGAUUUCGGUACUGCGCUCGCUAUUGUUGAAGUGAAGCCAUAUCCGCGGGACAAAGGGCACAGAAGGACAAUCGAGUGGCAGGAAGCCGCCCAAAUGGCGGCCUGGGUAUCUGAGACACGGAGCAGCCGGAAAGGAACCCUUUCCAGCCCUCCGGGUGUUCGUCGCCGCUUUAUGAUCUCUCAAGAUUACAAUGAAAUCUACGUCACCGUCGCAGAAUACGACGCGAACUACCAGGACUAUAUCAGUGGUCCUAGCCGUAGCGACAGUCCUCACGACACGCACUCCCUCAUGCGCGGCCAUCAGCCUAUGCACCUCGGAACAAAGGAAAAGGAGUCGCGGCAGAUCAAGGAAGGUAUCCCGGAGGCAACGGGCACUCGGGCUCAGGCAUCUCCAGCUCCAACAGUCCAGCCACUCCCCUCGGUCCAGUCUACAACGAACCGCCGCGUUUUAGACUCCCCGCAGCUACUUCCGGUCGGGGCUCUACCCAACCCGUUCGAAGUACUGCUCAGACUGGCCGCCGGUCGGCUUCGGACGACCACGCACCAGGUCCCUCUAAGGCUUCUGUGUAUCCGAACCGUGGAUUCCUAUCGAUGA